AUGGACGUUGUGCGGCAGAGCCUGGCGGCGCGUAUGACGUAUGCGGAGCUGCCAGCACAGCACUAUGCGCAGCAGGUGCUGCCCUCGCAGCACAAGCCGCAGCCACCCGCGCUGGACACGCCCGAGGGCCAUCCCUCCCAGGGCUGGCGCGCGCAGCCUCACCACCUGUCGCCGGAGGAGCUGUGGCAGAGGGUCCGGCAGGAGAGCAAGGGCGAUGCGGACGCGGAGCCCACCCUCGCCAGCUUCCUAUACAGCAGCAUCCUGGCCCACAAGACCUUCGAGCAGGCGCUGGCCUUCGUGCUGGCCAACAAGCUGGCCAGCAGCACGCUCUACAGCACCCAGAUCAAGCAGAUCGCGGAGGACGUGUACAAGGAGGACCCCAGCAUCAUCGACGCCGCCAUGGCGGACCUGCAGGCCGUCCUGGACCGCGACCCGGCCUGCGACCGCUACACCCAGGCGCUGCUGCACUUCAAGGGCUACCAGGCCGUGCAGUCGCACCGCGUCGCGCACCGGCUGUGGAACUCGGGGCGGCGCGCGCUCGCGCUGAUGCUGCAGUCGCGGAUCAGCGAGGCGUUCCACGUCGACAUCCACCCCGCGGCACGGGUGGGGCGGGGCAUCCUGCUCGACCACGCCACAGGGGUCGUCAUCGGCGAGACCGCCGCCAUCGGCGACAACGUGUCGAUGCUGCACCACGUGACGCUUGGCGGCAGCGGCAUCGGCAAGGGCGUACGCCACCCGCAGGUCGGGCACGGCGUGCUGCUAGGCGCGGGCGUCACCGUGCUGGGGCCGGUGACGCUGGGCGCGGGCGCCAAGGUGGGCGCGGGCAGCGUCGUGGUGACGGACCUGGAGCCCCACAGCGUGGCCGUGGGGGUGCCCGCGCGCGUCAUCAAGCGCGCCGUGUCGGAGCCCUGCGACGACAUGGACCAGAUCGGGUUCCUGCUGGACUACGUGAUCUGA